CAGAUAAACGUCAAAGUUAGGCGAAGUGUGAGGUCUUACGCAAGAAAAGUUUCAGAAAAUUCUACUUGCUAUUGUUUUAAGCCGUAUUUAGACUAAUUUUUUGCUGAAUUGCGUGCCGAAAAGUAAAAGGAUUUUGAAAAUGUCAAGCUACAUAACUCUUCGUGCUAUAAUGAGCCCGGGAGCUCACAAAACAUUCUCGCAGAUCCUGUGCAGCAGCGGGGCUACUCUGAAUGUGAUUCGUUCUAAAACACUUUUAAAUCAGCAAAUUUUCCAGAAAAGGUUUUACGCUGAAAAGCAAGUUUUCAAACGGGAUAAACCGCACUGCAAUGUUGGUACAAUCGGACAUGUUGAUCAUGGAAAAACUACCCUGACGGCUGCUAUUACGAAAGUUUUAGCUGACAAAGAUUUGGCCGAAAGCAAAAAAUACACUGACAUUGACAACGCUCCAGAGGAAAAGGCUAGAGGAAUUACUAUAAAUGUUGCCCACAUCGAGUAUCAAACGGAAAACCGGCACUACGGCCAUACCGAUUGUCCGGGUCAUGCCGAUUACAUUAAGAAUAUGAUCACCGGCACAGCUCAAAUGGACGGAGCUAUCUUGGUUGUUGCUGCAACUGACGGAGCUAUGCCGCAGACCAGAGAACAUUUGCUUUUAGCCAAGCAGAUUGGUGUUAAUCAUAUUGUUGUAUUCAUUAACAAAGUUGAUGCUGCUGAUCAGGAAAUGGUUGAUCUUGUGGAAAUGGAAAUCCGGGAGUUGAUGAGUGAAAUGGGUUUCGAUGGAGAUAAUGUCCCAGUGAUUAGAGGAUCUGCCCUGAGUGCAUUAGAAGGAAAGAACCCAGAGAUAGGUUCAGAUGCCGUAAUAAAACUGCUGGAUGAAGUAGAUAAGUAUGUACCGACGCCAAUGCGCGACUUGGACAAGCCAUUCCUGCUGCCAGUAGAAUCGGUCCAUAGCAUACCUGGACGAGGUACAGUGGUAACAGGACGCUUGGAGCGUGGAACUCUGAAAAAAGGGCAGGAGUGUGAAUUUGUCGGAUACAAUAAGGUUAUUAAAUCAACCAUUACCGGCAUUGAGAUGUUUCACAAAAUCCUCGAAGAAGCACAUGCUGGCGAUCAACUUGGUGCUCUGGUUCGAGGUAUCAAGCGAGAUGAUAUAAAACGUGGAAUGGUUAUGUGCAAACCGGGCUCAGUCAAGGCUAAUGACAAUUUCGAAGCCCAGGUGUACAUUUUAAGCAAGGAUGAGGGCGGUCGUCACAAGCCUUUCACUAGCUUCAUUCAACUGCAAAUGUUCUCACGGACCUGGGAUUGUGCAACUCAGGUGCAAAUCCCGGAUAAAGAAAUGGUAAUGCCCGGCGAGGAUGCCAAGCUACAUUUGCGCCUGAUGAGACCGAUGGUGCUGGAACAGGGCCAGCGGUUUACUCUGCGAGACGGUCACAUUACUUUAGGAACCGGAGUAGUAACCAAAGUUCUGAAUCCGUUGACUGAAAAGGAAAGGCUGUCUCUGGUCGAAGGCAAAAAAGCGCGAGAGAAAGCUGCCAGUGGAAAGGCCUAAAACAAAAGGUGUCUGCGAGCUUUUAAGUGCGUUGUCUUAUUGUAAUUUUUAUUGGAUAAGUACCGAUUGGUGUUAGUGACAUAGAGCUGGAAUGAUCAAUACGCAUCAUGAAUAAUCGAUAAA